AUGUGUUUAAUUCCAUUUCAAUGUCUUCGAGUUAGAAAAGAACUAUAUCUUGAUAAUAAAUUUACAACAAAUGAUAUAUCAAGUCGUGUAUUGCUAGCAAGAUACAUUAGUGCUCCAAUUGUUCUAAGAUAUGGUUUUGAUGGAGUGAAGAUUCAUGGGGCUCAUGGAUAUCUUCUUGACCAGUUUAUCAAAGAUCAUGUCAAUGAUCGAACAGAUCAAUAUGGUGGGUCUCUUGAAAAUCGCUGCAAAUUUGCUUUAGAAGUAGUUAAAGCGGUUGCCAAUGAGAUAGGAGUAGAUAGAGUUGGAAUCAGGCUGUCUCCCUUUGCAACCUAUUUAGAUUCAAGUGACUCCAAUCCAACAGCAUUAGGUGUCUACAUGGCAGAGUCAUUGGAUAAAUAUGGUAUACUCUACUGCCAUAUGGUUGAGCCAAGGAUGAAACUUGCCAAAGAAAGUUUUGAAUGUGCCGAGACUCUUCUCCCCAUGAGAAAGGCUUUUAAGGGAGCUUUCACUGUGACUGGAGGUUAUGAAAAAGAAGAUGGUAAUAAAGUUAUCGCUGAAAAUUACGUAGAUCUUAUUGCUUUUGGUCAUUUAUUUUUAGCCAAUCCAGAUUUGCCAAAGAGAUUUGAGCUUGAUGCUCCUUUGACUAAACACAACAGAAGCACCUACUGCCUAUCAGAUCCCGUUGUUGGCUACAUCGAUUAUCCAUUUCUUCAAUACACCGUUUAA